GAAUUUAGUUCAACCGGUAGCUCUAAAUCAAACAAGUCACUGAGAACAUUCAGUUUGCCUAAAGAGUACAUUUCUAAAAAUGAACAGUAAAAUUACCAAGUCAAAAUUGACCUCUCCAAAAUUGGUGAGAUCAUCGCCGAAAAGUGUUCCACAAGCUGCGAAGGGUGAACAAAUUUUCAGUUGCCAGUUUGAAGUGUUUGGUCAUGUGCAGGGUGUCUUCUUUCGCAAGCAUACUCAAAAGAAGGCCAAGGAGUUGGGAAUAACUGGCUGGUGCAUGAACACUACCCAAGGAACAGUCAAGGGAAUGCUUGAAGGAUCCUUGGACCAAAUGACUGACAUGAAAUACUGGCUGCAGCACAAGGGCAGUCCUCGUUCGGUGAUCGAGAAGGCGGUUUUCUCCGAGAAUGAAGCUUUGCCCAUCAACAACUUCAAGGUGUUCUCAAUUCGCCGCUAAAGUUUUUAUCUACAAGUUCAGUAAUUAAUUUCGUUAAGUUAAAUUUACAAUGUCCUUUGAGCGUAUAACACCCCUUUGUCAGGCCAUAAAGCUAAAACGUGAGAAUCACUAAGAGCACGUAAUAAAAAUUCUGUUCUG